AUUUCAAUUGGACUCUACAAUUUCUACAAAACCACAGUGUACCUAUUCUAAAAGAAUAUGGUAUGAGAUGGCAAAGAUUCAUUAAUGAAAGUAAAUUUGAAAUAGCACCAUUAGAUUAUUUUUGGACAAGUCCAUAUGAAUACUAUCGGUAAUGAUGAAAUGUAUUACAAGAAUGCACGAUGUCAAUCCAAAUUUAUACGCCAGACUUUCAGAGGCCAAUCUUAUUAUUUUCAAAGGAGAUCUCAACUACCGGAAGCUAAUAGGAGAUUUCUCUUGGGACUUCACCGAGUCAUUUGUAACAUGUCUUAGAGGUUUCAUGCCAACUAAUCUUGCUAGCUUACGAACUGUUAAAGCAGAUUUGAUUUGUGGCCUUUUGAAAGGGCAAGCAGAAAAUAUGUUCAAAACUAAUAAGAAUUGGAUGACAACUGGCGAGUAUGGUACCAUACAAUUUCUUGCAAAGUCGACUAUUCCUACAGAAAGUAGUCAUUAACUUACAAUAUGUAUGAUCGGAAAUAAUAUCAAUAACUACCAAAAGUAUAGUUUUAAACUACGAGGCUAAUUUAAUAUCUCACAAAUUUUUAUGCCCUCGGCAUUUCUAGUCUGUUGAAGUAUGUUUUACAUCAAAAACGAAUGAGAUAUGAACGUAAAUCUUAAAAUUGGUUCACUUCAUCUGAAAAAUUUUUGUCGAAUUUAAUAAAAUGCUUAUUGUUAAAUAUUA